AACUACCUAUAGAUUUUUUGUUUUUUAUUUUGAGCACAAUAUUUUAUUUUUUUUGCAUUCCUACCAAAUACUCUCUCGCUCAUGCCUCAACACUGUCACGACUCACGAUUCCUCCCCACAUCUCCCUCAAAUCCGCCGUCGACUCAGUCGCUCCACCACCCACCUCCGUCUUCGCCGGUCGGACUACACGCCAGAUCUAGAUCGCAGGGUGUCCUCUCUCUUAAUUUCCCAAGGUCACGCGAUCACCGGCCUCCGUCCACCGAACCGCGUUUUCGACAACCAAUAAAUUUUAAAUGACAACUAGACGAUUUAUUCAACUCUGCAUUUAUUUGUCAGCCGGGAGUUCAUUUAUAUGGUCACCUGGAAACUGUUCGCUUGGUGAUUCAGUAUCAGGUCAGGUGGUUGGUUCCCCAAAUCCUAGCUCUAAUAACAGAAAUGCUAAAACUUUUUCUCCAACAAAGCAAUUUCUGAUGCAGUCUUAUUAUGACAGAUAUAAUACCUUACAUGAUUCGGAUUUUGAAAAUUUCUUGUCUCAAGAAGUCACGUCUGGUCUGUGUGACGUGCUUUCAGAAAACCAUAAUUCAGUGUUAAGAUUGUCAGUUCUAAGGCACAAUAUUGUUGGUGAAGGUUCUCACCGCCGUGUGUCUACAUUACUCAAAUUGCAAACUCAACAGUUGAAGUCUUUGUCUGAACUUUUAAGUGACUCAUGUGAAUUCAUAAUUAUUGAAAGACUGCCUUUAGGAGUUUUUGCUGAUCCAUUUGAGUUACAACAUUUAGCUCAGCGUGGUGUGUUCAAUGAUCUAGCUGUCUUUGGUGAUACAAAUCUGGAGCAGCCUUCGUUCUUGUCCAAUCGUUCUGCUGUUGAAAUCCACUUAGACAUAAAUCCAAAUACAUUGUUACAACCAACUGAAAUCAGAAUAGAGAUUCCUUUGCACGCACGAUAUCAACCUCUGAACGAAAGUGGCUACUCGAUAGUUGAAUUUGGUGCACCGGAUAUGUUACUGCGCUGCAGGACAAAGGAAAAGGUGGAAAAUAAUCAUUGCUUGUUCAAAUUGAAAAAUGAUGAUGCCAAUCUUUAUGAUGCUGCUGUUGUUUGGAGAAUACCAUCUGGCAGAAAGGCGCACUCUGAUCUUGUCUCUACGGGCAUGGGGAAAAUUCAGCGUGACUUCUAUGUGUUGUAAAUUUGUGUCGACAACAACCUAUGAGCAACUGCAAUGAACCUGCGAAACAAAAUUGGUGAAAUAAAACCUGAGGCAUCUCAGGUGAAUGUCCUUAAGAAUUUAUCCACAACAGGUCCUUCCCCAAAUGGAAGUUAUAGAACAACUUGAAUUUAAUGAACACAACAUGCUUUUUUGUUUUGUACGUGUGUUGACCAAAAAUGACAAGCAUCAGUUGAUGGCCAAUUUAGUCAUGAGGUUGUUUUUAAAGGUA